AUGUGGGAAGAGUGGGACGAUGAGCAUUUUGUGAAAAUUUUUUUCGACUGGAAAAUAUUUGCCAAAUAUGCAAAGGAUAAUGAAUUUAAGGAGCUAGAAGAAGGAAUAAAGAAAGAAAUUAGCAAUUCGAGAUGCUUCAACUUAAAUGAAGAAGACGUGGAGAAGGAGACGAAUGACAACAUCCUAUUGAUAUUACAAUCAUUCAUUAUAGAAAAAAAAUACACAGACGUUUCUGAUUACCUGGUUAAUAUAAUUUUAAGGUGGAAUUAUUAUACAAGCUUGAGGAGCGAAAAAGAGCUGGAUUCUAAUGGUGUAAAAAAUCGCCUAAAAAUAAAUGUAGAUAUUUAUACCCUCCCAGAUGUGUACAGAAAUUUUGAAGAAUAUUUUUAUUCAUACUUUCCACUAUUCCUGAUCGAAACACAACAAUUAAUAAACAAUAAAAAGGAAAAUGAAAACAUAAAGGAGUAUAACGUGACGCUGCUUAACACUCCCAAGGAGAUUUACAAUUUUGAGUUUAACAUCAACAUAGCUUAUGACAGCAUCGUGUAUGCAAACCUUUUUUAUGGUGACCUUAUUCUGCUCAGGUUUAUUCCCAAAAGAACUGCAAAAAGUGACUCACUUAAUAUUUACACCCCUAUGUUUUGUUCCGUAAAGACGAAUGAAGAAGAAGUAACAUCUAGUGAUUCGGAAAAGGACAAACUGGAGGUGGCUUCCUCCGGCUCGUACACCCAUUCGGAGGAAGGCUCACUCGAUGGUGAGGAAAUGAAAGAGGAGGAAGUGAAAGAGGAGGAAGUGAAAAAGGAGGAAGUUGUCGAAAACGCGAAAAAAAUUGAUAUCACCAAAUCAGACGAAAAGCAAAACAAACUCAAGGAUGGCAACAACUCGGGGAAAGAAGAAAUGAAAGACGAAACGAAUGACGACAUUUACAUGAUCAGAAAAUAUUGCGUCCGUCAUUUGUUAGGUUACGUAAUUUCGAAAAAUAAGGAACAAAUUAAAGUCAAAUUUAAUUUAAAUUAUAAAAAUUUUGAUAUCAUUGAUAAAGUCAGGAAAAAUAUCAUAUACGAAAUUUUCGUGGCUGACAAAUUGGAUCAUUACUUUACGCGUGUGUCCAAGGUGACCAGUUUAAUUUCGACCCUUCGUUUGUUUAACUGCAUGUUCAAUUUUAGGAACUCCGCCUUGUUGAAUGAAAUUGUGGAAAUUGACCCAAGUGGGGAAGGUCACCCACAUGCAGAGAGCGUCACUUGUAAGGGGGAGGUUAAGCAGGACGACAGCACCAGUGAGCAGGAGGGUUUCACGGCUCUUCAGACGAAGAAGAGAAAAAAAAGGCAGACAGAUGUUGGAAACGUUGACGAGGCCUACUCAGACCAUAUACCAAAUGGAGAACAGCAGAAAACCCAUUCUGGAGAAGCCAUACCAGAUGAACCAUUGAAUGGGAAUCAAAAUGAAGCAGACGAUCUGGAGGAAACCCUUAAGAAAAAAAUUAAGGACUAUUUGAUGAAGUUUAAAUGGUCAGGAGGGAAUGAAGACGUGGCUGUGAAUGGGGGGGAGCCCACUUUUAAUGAGGAUCCUAGUGAAAAGCCAAGCAGGAAAAGUAGGGUGAUCAAAAAUAUCCAAGCUAACGUCAAAGGGGAGAAUCCCUCAUUAGGCAAACAAACAGUUGUAACGAAGAACGAUGCGAGGAAGGAUAACAAUUCAGGAGGAAGGGAGCCCACCCUCCUUGGGGAGCAGCAAUAUGGAGGCUUCCGUUACAUACCAGAGGCGCUAAAAAAUAAAUUCUUGAACAUUUACAAUAAGUACCAACUAAGGGCCAUUAACAACAGCAUAAUGAAUGAGGGGAUUACGCUCAUUCAAGGGCCUCCGGGGACAGGAAAAACUACGACAAUUUUGGGCAUUAUCAGUGCACUCAUUUUUUUUCAAAAGGGUGAAAUGGAUCGUAGCAACAAAAAUGAAAACAAUUACGCGUACGCAAUCCACCUGAGCAUUAUGAAUGCGUCUAGCAGGAUGUUAAAAAGUGAUGACAACCAUGUGGGUGGAAAUAAUUCAGGUGAGGAGGACUUUCUUAAAAAUAAUGAAAACAGAAUAAAAAAUUUGAUUGGUUUAACGGAGUCGUAUUAUAACUCCUAUGUGAAUAACGAUUAUCUGGCAAAGAAGUCCAACUGUGUGGAGGAAAGGAAUGCUAAUGAAAAGCUGAACUAUUCGUACUACGUCAGUGAUAACAAUGCGUAUUCCUUUGCGGCCGGCACAUCGGGGGAAGUAUCACACAAAGGAGCGAAAAACGAAUUAAUGAGGAAAAGUUCGAACCUCGUUCCCGUUAGAGAAAAAAGAAAAUGGAAAGGGAAGAACCCGGCGGAAGAGACACAACAAGCCACUUUCAAAAAAGAAAAGAUAAACAAGCUAAACUUAAUUAAGAACAAAAGGAUACUCGUGUGUGCCCCAUCUAACGCAGCCAUUGAUGAAAUUUUGAGAAGGCUAAUAUCGUCAGGGAGCGGAAUUUUAGACGAAAAUGGAAACUUUUUUAAUCCUAUAGUGACUAGAAUAGGGAGAAACGUAAGCACAGACAUAUUAGAAUUUAGCCUCGAAUUUAAAGAACAGUUAUUUUUAUUUCUUAAUAAGAAGGAAGAAAAUAAAAUUAUAAAAAAGAAUUUAUUGAAAACGUCUACUAUUAUUUGUUCAACCCUUUCUGCCAGUUCGAAUGCAUCCCUAGUUAACUACAUUGACUCGUUCGAUGCAAUUAUAAUUGAUGAAGCGUCUCAGUCGGUCGAAUUGGACAUUUUGAUACCUCUGUCCUUUUCUUGCAAGAAAAUUAUUCUGGUAGGAGAUCCAAAGCAACUGUCCGCGACGGUCUUUUCGUUAUUUGCAAAGAGACGCAAGUAUGCCAGGUCCCUCUUCGAACGAUUACAAAAGAAGCAUAAGAUGAACAAGUACAAAUAUAAUCUGUUGUCCAUUCAGUACAGGAUGCACCCAGACAUUUCGCACUUCCCAAAUAAGUACUACUACAGAAAUAAAAUUACGGAUGCUCCUUAUUUUCUAUUUACCCUUUUUAAAGAAAUGAAAAUGAAUAAGUAUCUCACAAAAUUGAGGAGUGAUCUAGGGGAUGUACAGACGGGAACAAUUAUCCAACGGGACCUUUUUUACAAAUUCGAUUUAUUUCAUUUUAUGCAAAGUAACUUUGGAAAUUUAUUGCCCUCGAAUUUUCACGACAUAAAUUUAUGUCAGAAAAACCAAGGGGCAAUUGACUGGUUUAUUAUUCCCUUCCUUAGACAUAGCGUUUUUUACGACAUAUCCUUUUCGAAGCAAAGGAAAAUAAAAAACUCUUACAUCAACAUUGAAGAAAGCGAAGCUGUUUUGCAGUUUAUCGAAUUCUUGCACUUUAUCUUUACCUCAGAGAAUGUGAAGGAGUGGUACAAACGAAUAGGCAUCAUCACCCCGUACGCCACGGAGAAGUUUUUUCUAAAGAAGGAGCUAAAAAUGUUCUUCACAAAAAAGGGUUACAAAAAUAAUAUUUCUAAUUUUAUUGACAUUGGAACUGUGGAUGGUUUUCAGGGGACGGAAAAAGACAUCAUCAUAUUUGUGUGCGUGCGGACGAAGGGUUCCCUCAAGAGGAAGAAGAAAAAAAAGGCUAGUGCUGCCGGUAGUGACGCGACGGACCAGGAAGAAAAUGUGCCCAAGAUAAGCUCCGCAUGCUCCGCAUCAUCAGCAUCCUCCGCAUCAUCCGCAUCACCCGCGGAGGACCAUGUGGACGACGAAGUGGACGACUCGAACAUGUUCUUCUCAAGUUACAAACGACUAAACGUGGCGUUAACCCGAGCCAAGUACAAUCUGUUCAUUUUCGGAAACUGCAGCUUCUUGAAAAAAUGCGACGCCUGGGGUAAGAUUAUUAAGCACUACAAAAUGAGAAACAAAGUAAUCAAAAUAAAGUACAAGAAAUUUAAAACGAAGAUGAAAAUUUUGUCCGAUAAAGUGACGGAGGAAGAUCUGUUCGAUGAGAAGGUUCAGGUGAUUAACAAAAAGAUAGAAAAUUCUUUGUAUAACAAAAACAUAAUCGAUUACAAUUUCGUGCCAACUAGUGAGAAUGAAAGUCCCUCCUUCGAUUUGAAAAGCUUUCUGUACUCUGUUGGACUGAGCCAGGCGGGAGAGGACGGAGAUGGAAGCUGUGAAGGGAAAAACGAAAUGAAUAUUAGUGAGAAUAAACAUGGGUUUGCGGACCCCUCGGCAAAGGUGGAUAAGAACUCUGAGGAGAGGGAAAUCUUGAGCUUUUUCAAGCAGCUGUACAAUGACGAUUUUGGGAUUGCCGACGAGUUUGACUUGGGGCAGGACCAGCUGGGGGGGGCGGAUGCCCCGGCGGAGGGACCACUAAGCAAACCGAUAACCGAACCGCUAACCGAACCGCUAAUCAAACCGCUAACCGAACAAACCAAUUGCACAGAUCACCUAAUGAAGGUCUGUCCGCAUGUAGGGAAAGCAACCCAGAUCAGCGACCACACGAGCGCACCGCCAAAUGGUACAAACAGUGGCGUUAAAAAGGAACCCACAGAAUUAAUCGAAGUGAUAGAUCUUGAAGAUGAUGCGGGAACUGCAGAACAAAUCAGUAUAGGCGCAAAUAAUGAGAAAGUGAAAACACAAAAUUACAACCAGGAGGAAUUAAAACAAGGGGGCACUUCCUUACUGCCAUCCGUCGCGUUAAGAAAAGAAGCUUCGUACGUGGAGCUCUCCACGAGUAUGACUAGAAGAGGAGAUGAAACAGCUUCGAACAUUGGUGAAGGACAGCCUGGCACAACCCCCUCGAUGGUGGAAAUAAAUGAAAAUUUGAAAAACAGCAAUUACUUCAUCGAUAUGCUGUAUAACUACUGCAAGGUGAACAAAGAGUUCAUCUUCGUCGUGCAAAGUAUUUUGCCCAAUUUUUCGCGACAAAUUUUGUUUAAGCAGUAG